AUGUUUGAAGAUUGCAUUAAUCGAGACGAGAACUUAAUAGCCCUGGCUGUGGGCCUGGCGAAAUUCGAUACAACGCUGUUGGCGGCUCCUGAGUUCGUUAAAGGUGCUAUAGAGGAUUUCUUUUCCAAGGACUCAGAUACCAUUCGUUACAACUACAGCCGGCUUAAUGGCAUGGUUCCUGAAAAGCCCAGCUCCUUCUCGUGGGAUUACCCGAAAAAAUCGUCCAAUUUAGAUACAGAUUUUCACCACUACAACGUGGAUGUGGAUAUCUUGACCAGAUGGAUCUCCAGAGACGUUCUCCGGAUGUUUGUUCCUAUUAUUUAUUUCCAGGACCGCCGUAAAGAGCGUAUGGAGAAGAGAGCUGCUGCUCUUACCGCCAAACCUGUUCCUACAUUGGCUGAACUUGACGUUUGUGCUAAGCUACGAGGCAGAGGCUACUGGAACCGUAAAGGUGAGUGGUUCUGCACUACGCGAGAUGUUGCCAACCAGGGCGAUCAGCAUGGCCUGAAGUUUUUCAAUACUUAUAAUGAGUGGGCCAGGUGGGACUCCAAGCUUGAUGAGUCUAUCCGUGAAGCCAAGUGGAGCGGUGACGCUGACAGUUUGCGUGAACUACGGCUCGCAAGGAGCAACAACUAG